AUGGCGACGCCUCCUUUACGAGAAGGCAGCACCUCCAUUUUAACUCGACUGAACAACUACGUGGCCGGAAGCAGAGUCGGGAAGCAAUUCAAACUCGAUGAGCGGAACACUUGCUUCACCACCGAGCUCCGAGCCGGCACCGCCACAUUCCUCACCAUGGCAUACAUCCUGGCCGUCAACGCGAGCAUCCUCGCCGACUCCGGCGGCACCUGCAGCGUCUCCGAUUGCAUCCCUCCCGGCGGCGACCACGACGUCUCCUGCAAAUUCCCUCCCCUGGUCAACCCAGGCUACCUGGCCUGCCUGGAACAGACCCGGAAAGACCUGGUCGUGGCCACAAUCGUCUCCUCCCUGACCGGCUGCUUCAUCAUGGGAAUGUUCGCCAACCUUCCUCUCGCUUUGGCCCCCGGAAUGGGCACCAACGCCUACUUCGCCUACACCGUCGUCGGCUACCACGGCUCCGGCCACUUGUCUUAUCAGCACGCCCUCACCGCAAUCUUCGUCGAGGGUCUGAUCUUCCUCUUCAUCUCCGCAAUCGGGCUGCGGGCGAGGCUGGCCAAAUUCGUCCCCAAACCGGUUCGGGUCAGUUGCUCUGCCGGAAUCGGGUUGUUCCUCGCCUUCGUCGGGUUGCAGAGCCAUCAAGGAAUCGGGCUGGUUGGGUACAGCGGAUCGACAUUGGUCACGAUUGGGGCGUGCCCGAGAACCUCGCAGGUAGCGCUAGCUCCCGUCAAGAUAAUUAACGGCACCGUCAGUUUAAUUCCCGGCGGGGCGGUCUCCGAGGAGAUGUUCUGCCAGAGUGGGUGGAUGGAGAGCCCUACCUUCUGGUUGGGAGUCGCCGGGUUCGUCAUAAUCGCGUACUGCUCGGCGAAGAACAUCAAAGGGGCUCUGAUCUACGGCGUCGUUUUCGUGACGGUUCUGUCGUGGUUCCGUCACACCCCGAUCACGGCGUUUCCCGACACGGAGAUCGGGAAUCAGAAGUACGAUUACUUCAAGGCGGUGAUCGACCUCCACGCGAUCGAGAAGACCGCGGGCGUGCUGAGCUUUAGCGGGAUGGGGAGCGUGCAUUUUUGGGAAGUUUUGGUCACGUUUUUGUGCGUGGACAUAUUGGACACGACGGGGACGCUCUACUCGAUGGCGGAAUUCGCGGGGAUAACGGACGAUAACGGCGAUUUCGAGGGUCAGUACUUUGCCUUUAUGUCCGACGCGUCGUCAAUCGUGGUGGGGUCCCUUUUGGGGACGUCGUCGGUGACGACGUUUGUCGAGUCCUCGACGGGGAUACGGGAGGGUGGGCGGACGGGACUGACGGCGCUAACGGUGGCGGGUUACUUCUUUUCGGCGUUCUUCUUCACGCCGUUGCUGGCUUCGAUCCCGCCGUGGGCGGUGGGCCCGCCGUUGAUCUUGGUGGGGGUUCUGAUGAUGAAGCCGAUGGUGGAGAUCGAGUGGGAGGAUAUGCGGCAGGCGAUUCCGGCGUUCGUGACGAUGAUACUGAUGCCGGUGACGUAUUCCAUAGCUUAUGGGAUGAUAGGAGGGAUCGUGACCUUUGUGGUUUUGCAUGUGUGGGACUGGGGAGUGGCGUUUUGGGUGAAAUUGGCGGCGGUGAUUGAGAGGGCCGGAUGCGGCAAGGAGGGGAAGGCGAGCAGUGCCGGUGACGGAGAUGGUGGUAAAAGAGUUCAAGUUUAA